UCUGACAGCUUCAGCCCCACCUGCCACCUUCAUGACGGCGAGGACAUGGUCUGUGACCAGUGUGCACUGGGCUACGCGGGAGACUGGUGUGAGAGAUGCGCAGACGGUUACUAUGGAAACCCAACGGUGCCCGGGGAAGCCUGUGUGCCGUGUGACUGUGGCAAUGUGGAUCCCUCAGAGCCUGGUCACUGUGACCCGGUCACUGGGGAAUGCCUGAAGUGCAUCGGGAACACAGCCGGCCCCCACUGUGAGCGGUGUGCAGAUGGGUUCUAUGGAGACGCUGUGACUGCCAAAAAUUGCCGUGCCUGUGACUGCCAUGAAAAAGGCUCACGUUCUGGCCUGUGCCAUCCGGAGACUGGAGUCUGCAGCUGCAAACCCCAUGUGACCGGCAAGCAGUGUGACCAGUGCCUGCCUGGCUACUAUGGGCUGGACCUGGGCCAUGGUUGCCUGCCCUGUAACUGCAGCGCGGCAGGCUCCACGUCGGAUGACUGCUCGGAUGAAGGCCGGUGUCACUGUGCACCGGGUGUGGCUGGGGACAAGUGUGACAGGUGCUCACAUGGCUUCUAUGCGUUCCAGGAUGGUGGCUGCUCACCCUGUAACUGUGCGCAUACACACAACACGUGCGACCCACAGACCGGAGAGUGCCUCUGCCCUCCCCACACCAGGGGCCUGAGAUGUGAAGUGUGCGAGGAUGGAUACUGGGGCCACGACGUGGAGCGCGGGUGCCAGGCCUGCAAUUGCAGUCGUGUGGGGUCGGCCACUCACCAGUGCGAUGCGAUCUCUGGCCAGUGCCCGUGCAGGUCCGCGUUCGGUGGACGCAGCUGUGAUCAAUGCUCCUUGGGGCACAGAGACUUCCCAGACUGCGUCCCCUGUGACUGUGACCUGAGGGGGACGUUGGCGGACACCUGCGACCUGGAACAGGGCCUCUGCAGCUGUGCGGAGGAAACCGCUGCCUGCUCUUGCAAGGAAAAUGUGCUCGGCCUCCAGUGCAGUGAAUGUCGGGCUGGCACCUUCGCCCUCCACAAAGACGACCCCCUGGGGUGCAGACCUUGCUUCUGCUUCGGGCUGUCCCACCUCUGCUCCGAGUUGGAGGGUUACGUAAGGAUGCCAGUGACACUGGACCCCACUCAGCCUCUUCUGCGUGUGGUCUCCCAGAGCAACUUGAGGGGCACAACCGAGGGCGUCCAUUACCAGACCCCUGAUAUCCUGCUGGACGCUGUCACUGUCCGCCGCCAUGUCCAGGCAGAGCCGUUUUACUGGCGGCUGUCGGAGCAGUUCCAGGGAGACCAGCUCCUGGCCUAUGGUGGCAGACUGAAGUACAGUGUAGCUUUCUAUGCUUCCGAUGGCAUCGGCACCUCCAACUUGGAGCCUCAAGUUCUCAUCAAAGGAGGCCGGACCAGAAAGCACGUCAUUUACAUGGACGCACCUGCCCCGGAGAAUGGAGUGAGACAGGAGCAAGAAGUAGAAAUGAAAGAGAAUUUUUGGAAAUAUUUUAAUUCCGUUUCUGAAAAACCUGUCACACGCUCAGAUUUUAUGUCUGUCCUUAGCAACAUUGAAUACAUCCUCAUCAAGGCUUCAUAUGGCCAAGGGCUACAGCAGAGCAGAAUCUCAAAUAUCUCCCUGGAAGUUGGCAGGAAGGCUCAAGAGCUGCACCCAGAGACGGAGGUGGCGUCCUUUUUGGAGAACUGUGUCUGUCCUCCGGGCACAGCCGGCUUCUCUUGUCAGGACUGUGCGCCGGGGUACCACCGAGGAAGACUCCCAGAAGGUGCUAGCAGGGGGCCCCGCCCCCUGCUUGCUCCCUGCGUGCCCUGCAAUUGCAACAACCACAGUGAUGCUUGUGACCCUGAAACUGGAAAGUGUCUGAACUGCAGCGAUCACACGGCUGGAGACCACUGUGACGUGUGUGCGCCCGGCUAUUUUGGGAAGGUGAUUGGCUUGGCCAACGACUGUUCUCCAUGCACCUGUCCCUACCACUACCCUGCCAGUUUCAGUCCCACAUGCGUCUUGGAAGGUGAUGGUGACCUGCGCUGUGAUGCCUGUGCCCCAGGCUAUGAAGGGCAGUAUUGUGAGAGGUGCUCCUCGGGCUACCACGGAAACCCUCGGAUGUUGGGUGGCAGGUGCCGGAAGUGUGACUGCAGCCUGCAGGGCUCUGUUCACAGUGACUGUGACCGCGAGUCGGGGCAGUGCGUCUGCCGGCCGGGGGCCACCGGGCUGCGAUGCGAGCAGUGCGAACCCCGGCACGUGGUGCUGGAGAGCAGCUGUGUCUCUUGCGACGAUGAGUGUACAGGCGUGCUGCUGGAUGACUUGGAUAAUGUUGGUGACGCCAUUCUUUCCGUGAACCUCAGCAGCAUCAUUUCUCUCCCACACGGAAUUUUGUCAAACCUGGAAAAUACAACUCAGGAUCUCCGGAAAUCUUUAUUAAAAGAAAACGCUCAGAAGGAACUGGCCAACAGUGAACUUGAAGAUGUUGCACAACACACGGACGACCUGCAAGCGGAGCUCACCAGAGUGUUAACAAGUAGCCAGCAGGUGAACAGGGCAACUGAGAGAAUCCUCAACGCCAGUCAGGACCUGACCACGUUCAUUGAGAGGCUGCAGAUGGACGUCAGAGAAAUUCUUAAGAAGGCAACAAAUUUAAAUCAGACCUGGGACGAGGACCUCCAGCUCCCCAAUUCUACCCUUCAGAGUAUGCAGCGGGACUUGACGUCCUUGCUGGAAGCCAUUCAGAGAAGACACUUCACGCACUUGCACCAAAAUGCCACCCUGGAACUCAAGGCUGCUGAAAGUUUACUGUCCCAAAUUCAGAAAGCUUUCCAAAAGCCACAGGAGGAGUUGGAGGCGUUAAAAGCAGCAGCCAGCCGCGUCCUUACAAAGCACCACAAUGAACUGCAGGUGGCAGAAGACCUUGUGCAGGAUGCAGAGGCCAAGACCAAGGAAAGCAGCCACCUGCUGCUCAUUGUCAAGGCCAACCUGAGAGAAUUCAAGGAUAAAAAGCGACAUGUCCGAGAAGAACAAAACUUGACCUCAAAGCUAACUGCCCAAGGAAGAACACUGAUAGAUGCUGCCACUGCACAUGCAGACACUAUGCAAAAUACUCUAGCCCAAUUAGAGAAUCUGCAGGAUGAGCUACUUCUGUGGACUGCUAAAAUCAGGCACCAUGUUGAUGAUCUGGUCAUGCAGAUGUCCAAAAGGAAAGCCCUUGACCUUGUCUACAGAGCUGAGGACCAUGCAGCUGAGCUCCAGAGACGAGCAGGUGCUCUGGCCAGUGGCCUUGAGAAAGUCACACACGUGUCCUUGAAUGCAACCAGUGCAGUCCACGUCCAUUCCAACAUUCAGAGAAUGAUUGAAGAAGCAGACAAACUGGCCAGCGAUGCCCAUGAGACUGUCAAUAAGACAAGCCUGCUCUCAGAGUCCCUUGUUUCCAGUGGGAAAGUGGCUCUGCAGCGAAGCUCCAAAUUUCUCAAAGAAGGCAACAACCUUAGCCGGAAGCACCAAGGUAUGGCGUUGAAACUGAGCGAACUGAAAAAUACGGCAAACAGAUUUCACGAGCGUGCAGAUAACAUCACGGGGCAAACCAGUGGAUUACUGCUGAAGCUUAGAGCAAUUCCUGAAAGUGUGAGAGACAAAGGAACCAAAACCAAAGAGCUGGCCUCAUCUGCCAACCAGACAGCAGUGAGCACACUGAAGGAUGUUGUGGGAUUGAGCCAGAAGGUGUUUAAUACGUCAACUGACCUGUCCCGAGUGAAUGCUACCCUACAGGAGACACAUGAACUUCUACGGGACUCCACCGUGACCACUCUGUUGGCUGGAAGAAAAGUUAAAGAUGUGGAAAAACAAGCCAACCUGUUAUUCGAUCGGUUGAAGCCUUUGAAGCUCUUAGAAGAGAACCUGAGCAGAAACCUGUCGGAAAUCAAGCUGCUGAUCAGUCAGGCCCGGAAACAAGCAGCCUCUAUUAAGGUCGCCGUAUCUGCAGACAGAGACUGCAUCCGGGCCUACCAGCCUCCCAUCUCUUCCACGAACUAUAACAGCUUAACGCUGAAUGUGAAGACAAGCGAGCCCGAUAACCUUCUCUUCUACCUUGGAAGCAGCACCAGCGCUGACUUCCUUGCGGUGGAGAUGCGGCGAGGGAAGGUGGCCUUCCUCUGGGAUAUGGGCUCCGGGUCCACACGCCUGGAAUUUCCUGACUUCCCCAUUGACAACAACGAAUGGCACAGCAUCCGUGCAACCAGGUUUGGAAACGUUGGUUUAUUGAGUGUAAAGGAAUUGAGCUCAAGUCAGAAGCCACCGGUGAAAACAAGUAAAUCCCCUGGAACAGCUAAUGUUCUAGAUAUAAACAACUCGACAUUGAUGUUUGUCGGAGGGCUCGGAGGACAAAUCAAGAAAUCUCCCGCUGUGAAGGUUACUCAUUUUAAAGGCUGCAUGGGUGAGGCUUUCUUCAAUGGAAAAUCCAUUGGCCUUUGGAACUACAUUGAAAGGGAGGGCCAGUGCCAAGGCUGCUUCGGAAGCCCCCAGAGUGAAGACUCUUCCUUCUAUUUCGAGGGGAGUGGGUAUUCCGUCGUGGAGAAGACGCUGCGGGCCACCGUGACACAGGUCGUGAUGCUCUUCAGCACCUUCUCGCCUAACGGGCUGCUCCUCUACCUGGCUUCCAAUGGCACCAAAGACUUUUUAUCCAUCGAGCUGGUGCAUGGCAGAGUGAAAGUCACAGUCGACCUGGGUUCAGGGCCCCUUGCUCUUACUACAGACAGGCGGUAUAACAAUGGAACCUGGUACAAAAUUGCUUUCCAGCGAAACCGGAAGCAAGGACUGCUGGCAGUCAUUGAUGCCUAUAACAGCAGUGAUAAGGAAACCAAGCAGGGCGAGGCUCCGGGAGUAUCCUCAGACCUCAAUCGUCUAGACAAGGAUCCCAUCUAUGUGGGGGGAGUACCGAGGUCAAGAGUUGUAAGAAAAGGCGUCACCAGCAAAAACUAUGUGGGCUGCAUCAAGAACCUGGAAAUAUCCAGAUCAACCUUCGAUUUGCUCAGAAAUUCCUAUGGAGUGAGAAAAGGCUGUGUGCUAGAGCCUAUUCACAGCGUGAGCUUCCUGAGAGGUGGCUACAUUCAGCUGCCCCCCAAGUCUUUGUCGCCAGAAUCGGAAUUAUUGGUCACGUUUGCCACCACCAACAGCAGCGGCAUCAUCCUGGCUGCCCUUGGCAAGGAGGCACAGAAGCAGGGCCCCUUGCAGAUGCACAUGCCAUUCUUUGCCAUCAUGCUGGUUGAUGGCCAUGUGGAAGUGCACGUCAAUUCUGGGGACGGAACCAGCCUGAGAAAAGCGCUCCUGCACGCUCCCACGGGUACCUACAGCGACGGACAAGACCAUUCCAUCUCCUUGGUCAGGAAUCGCAGAAUCAUUACUGUCCAACUGGAUGAGGCCCAUCCUGUAGAAAUGAAGUUGGGCCCCUUAGCAGAAAGCAGGACAAUGAAUCUGUCCAACCUGUACAUAGGGGGCGCUCCAGAGGCCGAGGGGGCAGCGGUGCUCAAAGUGAGGAGCUCAUUCCACGGCUGCAUCAGGAACCUGGUCUUUGACAUGGAACUUUUGGAUUUCACUGGUGCGGUUGGCUACGAACAAGUGGACUUGGACACCUGCUUGCUGUCAGAAAGCCCUCUGCUGACUCUUCAUGGAGGGGACAGUGAGCUCUUGCCAGAGUCCCUGCCUUUAUUUAGUCAAGGACAGUGCGUGGAGGACACGCCUCCAGAGUAUGUCACCGAUGCGCACCAGUUUGGCCUCUCACAAAGCAGCCAUUUCAUCUUGCCUUUUGAUCAGUCGGCUGUCAGAAAGAGGCUCUUGGUCCAGCUGAGCAUCCGGACAUUUGCAUCCAGCGGUCUGAUUUACUACAUGGCUCACCAGAACCAAGUGGACUAUGCCACGCUCCAGCUGCACGAGGGCCGCCUCCAGUUCAUGUUUGAUCUCGGUAAAGGCCGAACCAAGGUCUCUCACCCGGCCCUGCUCAACGACGGCAAGUGGCACACGGUCAAGACAGAGUACAUUAAAAGAAAAGGUAUCGUGACUGUUGAUGGCCAAGAGUCACCCGGGGUGACCACGGUGGGAGACGGGACCACGCUGGAUGUGGAAGGGAGGAUGUACCUGGGAGGCCUUCCCUCCGAGUACCGGGCCAGGAACAUUGGAAACAUCACCCACAGCAUCCCUGCCUGCAUCGGGGAGGUGACACUCAACAGCAAACAGCUGGACAAGGACAGCCCAGUGUCUGCCUUUGCAGUAAACAGGUGCUAUGCCGUGGCCCAGGAAGGAACUUUCUUUGAAGGAAGUGGAUACGCAGCUCUUGUUAAGGAAGGCUACAGAGUCCGAUCGGAUUUAAACAUCACACUGGAGUUCCGUACCUCCUCAGAGAAUGGCGUCCUCCUGGGGAUCAGCAGUGCCAAAGUGGACGCCAUCGGCCUGGAGAUUGUAAAUGGCAAGCUCCUGUUCCACGUGAACAAUGGCGCCGGGAGGAUUACAGCCGCCUACGAGCCCAGAGCUGGCAGCACUCUGUGUGAUGGAAAGUGGCACACCCUACAAGCCAACAAGAGCAAGCACCGCCUCGCGCUCACUGUGGACGGGAACACAGUUGCUGCUCAGAGUCCACACACCCAGUCCACCUCGGCCGACACCAACAACCCCAUUUACGUAGGGGGCUAUCCAGCUGAUGUCAAGCAAAACUGCCUGAGCAGCCAGACCUCGUUCCGGGGCUGUUUGAGGAGGCUCUGGCUGAGUAAGGGCGCGCAGGUGCAGUCCCUCGACUUCAGCAGAGCAUUCGAUCUUCAAGGCGUCUUCCCUCAUUCCUGUCCUGGGACUGAGCCCUGAACUGCUGGCGGAAACCCUCAGUCGGAAUCAUUGCUGAUGUCUUGGGAAAUUUAUUUGUGAAUGAAAAGCUCAUCAGUUCACAUUUCCUUGCCAACUCAGGUUGUUUCCAGGGAGAAAUGUGUGGAUGUUAAAAUGAAACCACGUAUACAACAAAUACCUCUAUUAAAUGGUCUAAAAUGUAAAAUGAAUUCCUUGGCUCUUUUUUGUAAAGUUUUUGUCUUAAUCUUUGUAAGCAUUUUUAAAUGUCCUGUUGAUAACCUGACAGUAUUUUAUGUUUUGCAUUUUUGAGCUUUAAAAAAAAAUAAAAUAUCACUAACAGACUAUAAUAGA